GCUAAACACCCAGGAUUUCAGUGCGAUUCUCUCGCUCAGCAGUCGCCCAUCAUGGUCAAUGUCUUUGCUGUUCAGGUCUUCUUUAUCCUUUUUCGUGAAUGCCUCGAGGCGUCCAUUAUCGUUUCGGUGCUACUCGCCUUCCUCAAGCAGAGUUUGGGUCAACCACAUCAAGACCAAGGGAUAUAUAAACGGCUGGUUCGUCAAGUAUGGGCGGGCUCAAUAACAGGCAUAGUCUGUUGUUUGAUCAUCGGCGGUGCCUUCAUCGGUGUCUUCUACGGGUUGGGCCAUGAUAUCUGGUCCAACGCAGAAUCCCUGUGGGAAGGCAUCUUCUACUUGAUCGCGACUAUUAUCGUGACCGUCAUGGGACUGGCUCUGCUGCGCAUUAACAAGACCAAGGAGCAGUGGCGGAUCAAGAUCGCAAAGGCGUUGGUCGAGAAAAGCAAGCACCAGAAGAAGUCCAAAUGGCUUGGGAACUGGGCCCGUCGUUACGCCAUGUUCCUGCUUCCAUUUAUCACCACCAUGCGUGAGGGUGUCGAAGCCGUUGUCUUCGUCGGUGGAGUCUCCCUCGGCUACCCAGCCACUGCCUUCCCCUUACCCGUCUUUACGGGUAUGCUUGCCGGCUUGACUUGUGGCUAUCUUAUCUACCGUGGUGGUAAUGUCAUGUCGAUCCAGCUCUUCCUGAUUGCCUCCACGUGUGUUCUGUACCUGAUUGCGGCGGGAAUGUUCUCCAAGUCCAUCUGGGAUUUGCAGUACUACCAGUAUCAGAAGGGAGUUGGCUCUGAUGUCGCUGAGGAGGGUAGCGGAGCAGGAUCAUACAACAUUCUCCAGACAGUCUGGCACGUGAACUGCUGCAAUGCCGAUACCGAUAACGGAUGGGACGUUUUCAACGCAAUUCUUGGAUGGGAGAACACCGGGACAUACGGUUCGAUCAUAUCUUACAACGUCUACUGGAUCUUCAUCAUGCUUUGCGUGGCAUACAUGCUUUGGGAGGAGCGGUCAGGCAAACGUUCUCUGCGUGAGCGCAUGCUGAUCGGACUCGCCAAGGUGCCGGGACUCAAGUGGUAUGCCAAGCCCAAGCUUGAGGUGCUGCAGCAGAACCCCGAGGACAUUGUGCGCCAAGUGCACAGUGGGCUGUUCAACGAGGAGACGGUGGUGGAGCAGCAGACAGUGGAGUUGAAAUGAGCUUCAGGUGUAAGGACGUUAGAGGACGCCAAAAGUUUUCACUAAGCCUAUCCUGACCGGGAGAGAACUCUCUCAGCUGUCUUUGUCACAUUUUUGUUUUGGCUCUAUUUCCGCGAUUUGUUUCUUGUUGUUUUGUGCUGUCACAUAAUUAAUAUUGCGGAUAUCGCAUUCGUCUCUCUGCAUGUCAUUAGUCUAUCUGCCUUCAUCUAACUGUUUCUUUACUAGAUUGACAGACAUUACAAUACAACUGGUCCAUC